AUGAGUUCAGAUGAUGAUAAAUCAGUUCAUUUAAGUGGAGAUUCUGAUAAUGAUGAUAAAGUACUAGAACCCACAAUGCAACGCCGCGAGACAGAAGAUGAUUCACUUAGUGAUGAACUAAAUGAUAGGAAAAAACCAAAGAAUGAUGGAACUUCAGAUGGUCCUAAACCAAAAUCUCCGAAAAAUAGAAAAUACUCCGACACAAUUGAUAUUAAUUCGACACCAAGAAGUAAUAAAGGAGAUAAAAAUUCCACAACAAUGAUCGUAAAUGGGUCAAGACCCGAUGAUAGCGAUUCAGAUUCGAUAGAUUCUAGUAGAUAUCAAGAUACAGAAGCUGAACCACCUUUAACGCAUCCACAACAGAAUUCAAAACCACCACCAGCUCCAAAAACAACGCAGCAAAAUACUAAUACUACUCAACCUGUUGUUGGACAACCUCCAGCACAGCAACCUCCAAAAUCUAAGGGUUGCAUAUUAUUAUAA